UGAGGCCUUUUUUUUUUUUUUUUUUGCCAAAAAUAUCACAAUUUGGCGGCCCAUCGCUCCCAAAGCCCUGUGUCGAUUGACCUCAAAUGAGAGAUUCAGUGCUGCUGUGCCAUCAUUAUCAACAAGUACACCAAGUUGCAUUCAAAUGCAAAUCUGCUUGGUUCACCUCACUGGCAGGUUUUUGGCACGGAACGGCCCCUGUGACAUUAUGUGACUGGUAAUGCGAGGCAUUUUAUGGCUCAUGUGAUGUCACAUGACAUGUGGGGGUGCGGAUGGGUGCCGGCGGCCGUGAUGGCCAGGACCGGCCCAGAAAUACACCGGCCGUUUGGGAAAAUAUUUUCCCUUGAAUUCCCGAUGGUCGCCCCGCCCCCGGUCAGGUGUCACGCGACGCUCGGCACGCAACGUGUUAAGUUGCAGAGUGGCGGCGAGCGUUUGACGAGCUGUCGGGCUAAUUUUAGCCCCGCCGCUUGAAGUUCUCUUAUUUUUGGAUCGGCGAGUCUGACGCGUGUUGGUCUUGGUGUUGGUGCGCUCACGUCAACUUUUGUUUCCAGCAUGACGGAGCAGGUCUACAGCGGUGCCGUGCCAUCCUCAUAUCCGGAGCCCUGGUCUUCACCCCUCCUCAGCCUGGAGCAGGGCGCCGCCUUGGUCUUGGUCCUCGGGCUCUUGUUGUUCCUGGCUGUGCUGAUGGUGCGCUGCUUCCGGAUCCUUCUGGACCCGUAUCGCAGCAUGCCGGCCUCCAACUGGACCGACUACACCGACAAGGACGCCUUCGACUACCGCAUUAUCUCCUGACAGGCGGCGUGAGAGGAGGCGGCGAAAGAGAGCUGGCUGUCGCCUGCGCCUAGCGUCGACUGGCCUGCUCGCCACGACUCCCUGACCUCUGACCUCUGGACCGAAAAACUCCGGACAAGCGAAAUGGUGGACAACAGUCCAAACCUGCACCGUUGAGUGGGAGAUGGUUGUCGGCGUUUGUCGUCAAUUUCCAAACGGGGCUCGGGAGCGAGUUUGAAGAAAAAGGGGCUUUUGAAAAGCAUGACCUUCUGCCCUUGGGCUCUCCGGCCACCUAUGAACCCGGGGCCAAUCACGCCGCUUUACGCACAGCACGCACGUCACCUUUGGUGUUUGAUCUGACUCAUUCCAGUUUUGUCGGUGUUUCUGUUUGCUCGACCGACAAAGGCUUCUGAUUGGUCGGCAGGACUCCGCCGCCGCAUGACAUGCUGCAUG